AUGAGAGAAAGUGAUCAAGAUGCAACAUACAAAGUUCCACCUAAAAAGCGAAAACCAGUAUGUCCAAUCCGAUCAAAACACACCAGUAGUUCUUCGUCUUGUUUAUCGUCAUCAUCUUCAGGAUCUUCCAGUGAUACUUCCGAUACAGACUCUAUUGAUGAACAGAACAAAACACAAGAGAGCAUAAUUCAAGUAACGGAAGAAAAAGAGUUAGAGCAACCAAACAUGGAUGAACCUGCAGCAACAGAAGUUUCGCUUAAUAAAGAAAUCGGAGAACAAGAAGAAAAGAAGAAGGGAAGAAAACGUAAACGAAAUCAAGAAAGCUGGAAACAGAAUGUAGCUAAGACUCAGAGAAAUGCUGGAAAAUCAUACAUUACCAAGAGAAAUGAAGUCAUCAAACCUCGUUCUGUGCAACCACCCUGUGGUGAUAAAUGUAGGCUGAAAUGCACUGAAAAGAUAAAUGCAGAUCAAAGACAAGCCAUGUUUGAUGCGUAUUGGAAACUUGGCCUUGUUGAUGCUCAAAGAUCGUUUAUUAUGUCUUGUAUGACCAAUAUAACUCCAAAAUAUAAAUAUACAAAUGCUCAGAAUCCAAGAAAUUGCAAUCAAGCAUUCCAUUUCGUAGUUGAAGGAAAAUCGGUACGAGUCUGUAAAUUAUUUUUUAUUAAAACCUUGGAUAUUUCUGAUCGUGUUAUACGGACUGUUAAAAGCAAAAUAGACGACCAUGGAAUUCUAACACAAGAUCUGAGAGGACAGCACAGCAACCAUGUGAGAAUUGAUGAACAACUUUUAACCGAUAUUAAACAGUUCAUAGACACAAUACCAAGAAUUGAAUCCCAUUACAUUAGACAAUAUUCUACUCGUGAAUACAUUGAUGAAAAGAUCAAUGUGAUUUAUGUGUGCAGUAGAGAUGCCACGAAUAGUGAAUUGGCCGAAUACCGAAUACCGAAUAUUCGGCAACGCUGUCGGCCGAAGCGCCGAAUAUUCGGCCGCCGAAUAUUCCGCGCGAAGUACAUGCUUGGCGGGGCGCCUACAACCUCUUUAAAAAACCAUCUUAAAACCAAACAUGCUGACCAAUACGCUGCUUUAAUUAAUGUUCCAUCGACAAGUGGCAGCAACAUGGGCGGUACUUCUACUUCUACCGAUGCCAAGAUGCCAACAGAACCUGGAACGUCCAGAUCAAAAGAUCGGCAGCUCACCCUGAAGGAAACAUCAGAAAGGAAAUUGCUCUGGGACAUUAAUGAUCCGAAAUCAAUAAAAUAUCAUUACUUGAUUGGCGAAAUGAUUGCUUUGGACAACGCACCAUUGUCACUUGUGGAACGAGUUGGAUUUCAGAGACUUAUGGCAAAUGCUUUGCCCCAUUAUAAAGUACCUGGUCGCACUUACAUGACCGAGAAAAUUGUUCCGGAUAUAUACAACAGAAUUUGUGCUAAAAUAGAAGCCAGUAUUUCACAGGCAGCAGCAUUAUCAGUGACAUCUGAUAUAUGGACAUGCCAGCACAAUAACGAGAGCUUUCUGAGCUUCACUGCGCACUGGAUAUCUCCGGAGUUCAUUCUGGAACAUGGCGUUUUAGCUAUGAAAUCAUUUCCUGGCUCACAUUCUGGUAUCAAUAUUGCAAAAGAACUCAAUGCUAUUACAGAAAGAUGGAAUAUUCCUCAAUCCAAGCUCCAUUUACUUGUCCAUGAUAGUGGCUCUAAUAUGAUAAAAGGUGUGCGGGAUGCAGGAUAUGAUUCAGGCAGGUGCUUUAUUCAUUCACUACAACGAGCUAUAGAUCAGUCGCUACAAUCUCAACCAGAAGUACAACAGAUGAUAGCUGCUGCGAGACGAAUUGUUACCCAUUUUAAUCAUUCUGGCUUAGCAGAGCAGAAACUUAAAUCUAUUCAAGAAGAACUUAACUUGCCAAACCACCAACUAGUACAAGAUGUGAGCACACGCUGGAAUUCUACGUAUUAUUUAAUGGAGCGAUUAUUAGAACAAAAGCGAGUUGUUUCCUUGUACAUAACAGAUCAUGAAACUUUAAUAAAUCUGACACAUGCUCAAUGGGAACUAUUGGAACAAUGUAUCAAACUCCUCAAACCAUUCGAAGAAAUAACAAAAAUAACUAGCUCAGGUAUCUCUUGCAUCUCUGAAGUAAUUCCACAUUCAGUAACUUUAUUAAAAUAUCUGGGAAAGGUAGAGACAGCCGAGAAAGUACCUAAUUUAGUCACGAUGAGAUCCUCACUGCAGGCCGAGCUAGAAAGGCGAUUCAGCUUCGAUGAUAAAAACAAAUAUCUGGUUGCUACUUUUCUGGAUCCUCGCUUUAAAAGUUUUCUAGGAUUGGUUCAAACAGAAAGAGCAAAACAAAAAAUUCUUCUAGAAGCUCUAAAAAAAAGUUGUGAUGAACCAAGUAGUACCGAUGACGAUUCUUCUCCAGCGCGUAAGAAAAGAAACUUGAAUGAAAAUGAUAAGACUGUUGAAAAUGUUGAAAUACACGACAGUUUCUGGAACUGCUUUGAAGAAGUCGCUACAGAUAAUAUGCGAAAUGCUUAUGAUGUGGAGGACGUGGAGAAGAAUGCUGUGGCAAACGAGUUGGAUUUUUAUUUGAAAACAGUUCGCCUAGAUCGGAAGGCCGAUCCUUACAAGUGGUGGUCAGCAAACGAAAAACAAUACCCAAACCUUUCGAAAUUUGCUAAAGUUUAUCUUUCUUCGCCUGGAAGUAGCGUUUAUAGUGAGAGGUUAUUUUCCGAGGCUGGUAACGUUUACGAUGAAAAGCGCAAUCGUUUGCUACCAAAAAAUGCUGAAAAGCUAGUUUUUAUUAAUCACAACUUACCACUGAUUAAUUUUAACUACUAAAAUGUUGUAAUUUGGAAAUAAAUACAUAAUUUUGA